CGUAGGUCACAUAAGAUGGCAGGCAGCACCGAACAGGUCCUCAGUUGUCAUUCUGAUUUGUAGUGGACAAUAUCUAGUAUACAGAGUGAGGCGUUUGUGAAUGAGUGAUGCGAUGCCGGUGUGUAGUAGCGAGAAAUUAUCGCCACAGCGCGGAGGAGAAGUGACAUCUGGUGAUGGAUACAGCAGAGACAUUGACGGCGGCAGUGGUAGCAGCUCUCUGCACAGCACCUCUCCCCCGUCGCCGUACUCACCAAUAUCAACCUCACCAGGCUCGUGUUCGCCAGUACCUGAUUCUCCAACUAUCCGAAAGAGAGGUCUCCAUCAUACCCUUUCAUCUGGCCACGUUUCUAUAUCGUCGGUCCGACAGCGUCUGAAUCACAUUGCAAGUACUCCCACCUUCAGUAGACCGACAUCUCCACUUGCUUCUCAGCAUCAGGAAAAGCCUCGUCUGACUAGGGUCAUAGGAUGGUACCCGGCGUUAAUUCUGAGGUUCAUCCGACGUCUCAUCUCCACUGUAGCUUACCUUAUUUGGAGCCAGUUCAUUCUGUUAGGACCCACGCUAUGGAUCUCCGCCUGGCUUUGGAUCUUCUGGAAAUCUAUACAGCUUCCCCUUACGCUUAUCAAAUGGCUGCUGACUAUUCUACACACCCCAGCAUCUGAACGUGGGCGAAAGAAACGCACAGUUCUUAUAAGUGGUGGUAGCACCAUCCAAGCACUGCAUCUUGCACGAAAUUUCUACUCAGCAGGGGCUCGAGUUGUGGUCUUUGAAAUCGAAGGCUUGUUUGGGCUUGCAAGAUUUUCAACAGCAGUUGAGAAGUUCUACUCGGUGCCUCGACCUACAGCAGAUCAUCCUCAAAAGUACGUGAAAGCAAUAUGUGACAUAGUAGAACGCGAACACGCGUCAUAUUUCAUCCCAGUGAGUGCUACGUCCACUGCUUACUACGACGCCCUUGCCAAACCUCACUUGGAGCUGUUGGGAUGUUCAUGCUUCUGUCCAGGGGUAAAAGAGAUCUGGGUAUUGGAUGACAUUUUGGAAGUUCUGCAGCUUUGCCAGGGGGUUGGUAUUCCAACCCCACCUCACUAUUCUGUUUCAUCGAAAGACGACGUUUUGAAGUUUUAUAAUAGCGGCCUGCUCCGAACUGGAAGGCACGUGAUGGUGAGCGUCGGUCCUUGGGGAUGCAGGGACAAGUUAAAAAUUGUAAUGCCAGCUCACCGUCAAGAAUUCAAGAUCACUCAUGACAUAAGUGAGCACAGGCCGUGGGUUAUAAUUCAGGACGUGCCAGGUCAGCAUUUCCUUACUUGCACCACAGUGAAGGAAUCUCAGGUCGUGGCAAAUGUCACGUGUCACGUGAAUAAAGAUAGCGGCGGAUUGGUGCCUGUAGAGAACCAAGAGAUUUCCUACUGGCUGAAGAACUUCUUCAGCAAAAUUAGAGUUCUCCGGCAGGCGACAGGGCACGUGAGCUUCCGGUUUGUGGUUUCAGAUGCUGAUAAAACGUUGGUGCCCGUGAGUUGUCGUGUGGGGGUGUCCAUGCCCUCCAUCUGCUACACGAGUGUGCACCCUCGUAUAGUGUGGAAGCCGUGUAGGCAUUUCAGUCGUCAGAACUCGGGUCCUCUUGUGGCUGACUCGGGAAGAUACUGGAUGCACGAGGCUGUCAUGAACACUUUGAAACACCCGAGUGUGGAGGCUGUGGGACGCCUCAUAGGAACCGUGCUCGACAAACGAGAGGCACUGUUCGUGUUCUGGGACCCACUGCCGUACUGUGCUUACUAUCACCUGCAGCUGCCCUUCAAGAACGUUCUGGCCUUUGUACAGGAGCACUAUGGACGGAAUGGACGAAACGGCUUCCAGUACAAGACCAUGGCAGCUCCUGUGCACUGAACAAGACAGCGCAAAACAGCGUUUUCAAAACUGUGUUUCUCAAACCCCUUGAGACAUAUGACGUUCUGUCAAUAUCAAAACUUGAAUGGCAUUGAAUGAGAUGAUAAGAUGGUUAUAUAUACAGUGAAUGGAAAGGGGUUGGAGAGGAAGGGGCAUGUGUGGGCAAAAACCACGGAACACCUCACGGUAGCCAGUACCUCGGCCGGCACUCGAACCGGGAUCUUCCAGAGAACAAGUCUGAUGCGUUGGCGAAUCUUUGAGAUUCGCAAACAUUUUUGGCUAUAUACCGAAAGAAUGCGAAGAUGUUUUAUAAAACACAUAUUUUAACAUUGAUGCAUUAUCUAGUUUAUAAAACAAUUUUAGUCUCGAAAUCUAUCGUCACACUAGCUUUCUCUCAUUUCAGAUGGGAAAAUAAUUUGUGAAGAACAAUAUCUGCCUAUGUUUCUGUAGAGUUAAAUUGUUGUCUGACAAAGGACAAAGAAUUUCGUAACACAGAAAUUCCCAAAAUAAGAAAUGCAAUCUUGCAAGGGAUACUUGGAGUGUUAAAUUCGGGUAUCACCUCAAUCUAGUGAAUAUUUAGAUCUUAACACUGCCAAUUUAACAUCACUUGGCCACGAAGUGAUUCUGACAGCGCAUCCGGUAUAUUAACCGCCCUCUGAAGCUAUUGCAAAUGGGAUUUACGACGUUUUGAAACAUUACGAAUUUAUAUGAUUAGUUUCAAUAGACAUUAGUUAAGCAACUUUAUCGUGGAGGUUUCAAUAUGGAAUGAUCCCGCUAACUCCUGUCUGAAUGUGAUUUAGAAAAUUGCUCAAAUUAGAGGAAGCUAUGACUUAAAUUUGCCUGUAACAAAUGACGAGGAAGGAGGGCAGAAAGCAGUUUCUCUCAAAUGAAAUUGCGCAUUUUGUAUUGAAACCUGUUCACAGUAACAUUCACACAAUUAUAAAAACCUGUGUUUCUCGUUUGUUGCCGUGUUUUCUCGAUUUUAAAACGCACUUGUUUCACACUAAAAAGGUGCGUUUUACAUUUGGUGGCGUCUAAGAAUCGAUAUAAGAGUCUUUCUUCUAGUGACCCUAUUUGUAUUUAAAGGGUGUGUGUUAAAAUCGAUAGCGUCUUACAAUCGAUAGCGUCUUAAAAUCGAGGAAUUUCGGUAUUCGACUGGUUCUGUUUUAUAGUGUUAUGUUCUUCAUGCAUUUAUUUGAGAUUAGUAUGUUUAAAGUAAUGUAUAUUAGUAUGAGAAUAAGAGGGUUGCGAUUGUAAUUUAUCAUUUUCUGUUUACAAGAAGAGUGAGUUUUUAUUAGCAGGUUAAGUUACAAAACCUUUUUAUAGUUAAUAAAAGUUCAGUGGAAGGUUAAAUGUA